CUUCAUACUAAUCUCACAUACUUACCACCAUGGCUGCCCAACCCCAACAAGGUCCACCUGCAUUCAAACUCGUGCUUGUCGGUGAUGGCGGUACUGGAAAGACUACCUUCGUCAAGCGCCAUCUCACUGGUGAAUUCGAAAAGAAGUAUAUAGCCACGCUUGGUGUCGAAGUCCACCCUCUCGACUUCACCACGAAUUUGGGUCCUAUUCGGUUCGAUGUGUGGGAUACUGCCGGUCAAGAGAAGUUCGGUGGUCUUAGAGAUGGAUACUAUAUCAACGGCCAGUGUGGUAUCAUCAUGUUUGAUGUUACCUCCCGCAUCACCUACAAGAACGUUCCAUCCUGGCACCGUGACCUCACUCGUGUCUGCGAAAACAUUCCCAUCGUCCUUUGCGGAAACAAGGUUGACGUCAAGGAACGCAAGGUGAAGGCCAAGACCAUCACCUUCCAUCGCAAGAAGAACCUCCAAUACUAUGAUAUCUCUGCCAAGUCCAACUACAACUUCGAGAAGCCAUUCUUGUGGCUUGCCAGAAAACUUGUUGGCAACCAGACGUUGGAAUUCGUCGCUCCGCCAGCCCUUGCUCCCCCAGAAGUCCAGGUCGACCACGACCUUCUCGAACAACAACGCCUGGAGAUGGAGCACGCUGCCCAGAUGCCUCUUCCAGAUGAAGAGGAUGGUGAUCUGUAAAUUGCUUAUUAUAUGGUAAUGGUUGAAUUUUCGGAGAGUGGAAGGAAAGGGGCAAAGUUUCUGUUGCAAUCAAAAAUCAUGAAAAAAUACAAAAGAUGAUCCACAAUAUUGCUGCAGAGUUUUUUUCUUCCCAAUAGCACGAGAAAUAUUUUAGACGGGGGGAUGCGAAAAAAAAAAAAGGAACCCAUCACACCCUAUUUGACUUAAUGGAUCUAUGGAUUUUUAUGAGAAUGACAACAGGAAAGAAUAUUUGAAUAUUACAUGCCCAACUGACAUUAUGGGAGGUUUGCUGUGCUCCUUUUUUUCUCUUUUCUUUUCUUUCUUUCUUGGAUAGCAUGAUGAGGGUUUCCUAUCCUUUCAUUUAUUUUCUUCCUUCUAUUCCGGAUGGAUUAACC